CCUUCGAUCGCCGGCGCUCUAUAUAUUCACUGGUCCCCUUUGCUCAUACGGCCGGAGGAUAGGUUGUGCCCUUGCGUCGAACAAUGGCGGGGAGUGGGAAGCACUUCAAGUAUUUGAUCCUCGGUGGUGGAGUCGCUGCGGGAUAUGCUGCUAGGGAGUUUGCAAGGCUUGGCGUCAAGUUAGGGGAGUUGGCGAUAAUUUCAAAAGAGGCGGUAGCUCCUUACGAAAGACCAACGCUUAGCAAGGCAUACCUUUUUCCUCAAGGUGCUGCAAGGCUCCCUGGGUUUCAUGUAUGUGUUGGGAGUGGUGGAGAGAGACUACUUCCCGAAUGGUAUUCUGAAAAAGGAAUAGAGCUGAUACUGAGCACUGAAAUUGUAAAAGCCGAACUAGCUGCUAACACUCUUACUAGUGUGGCUGGUGCAACUUUCACUUACGACAAUUUGAUUGUUGCUACCGGUUCAGUGGCCACGAGGCUUACUGACUUUGGCAUUCAAGGGGCAGAUAGCAAAAAUAUUUUUUACUUGAGGGAGAUUGAUGAUGCUGAUAAGCUUUUGUCAGCUAUACAAGCGAGGAAAAAUGCAAAGACUAUAAUUAUUGGAGGUGGAUAUAUUGGACUUGAGCUUGGCGCAGCUCUUAAAAUAAAUGAACUUGAUGUCACUAUGGUUUACCCUGAGCCCUGGUGCAUGCCUCGACUCUUUACUGCUGGUAUUGCUGCUUUCUACGAGGGUUAUUAUGCAAAUAAGGGAAUUAAAAUAAUUAAGGGAACCACAGCGGUUGGUUUUGACUCUGAUGCUAAUGGGAAUGUUACAACAGUAAAAUUGAAGGAUGGGAGAGUGUUAGACGCUCAUAUUGUUGUUGUUGGUGUCGGUGCAAGGCCCCAAACAACUCUUCUAAAAGGCCAAGUUGCUGAAGAGAAAGGAGGAGUUAAGACUGAUGGUUUCUUCAAGACAAGCGCACCUGGCGUUUAUGCUGUAGGCGAUAUUGCCACCUUCCCUUCAAAAUUGUACAAAGAGUUGAGAAGAGUGGAGCAUGUCGACCAUUCAAGAAAAUCCGCACAGCAGGCUGUAAAGGCCAUUAAAGCAAUCGAAGCAGGCCGAAGUGUGGAAGAAUACGAUUACCUGCCUUAUUUCUACUCCCGUGCAUUUGACCUAUCCUGGCAAUUCUAUGGAGACAACAUCGGCGACGCGGUUCUGUUUGGUGACGCCGAUCCCUCGUCUUCUAAGCCGAAAUUUGGCUCAUAUUGGAUCAAAGAUGGUAAGAUCGUCGGCGCAUUUCUUGAAUCUGGUUCGCCUGAGGAGAAUCAGGUCAUUGCGAAGAUAGCCAGGCUCCAGCCACCUGCACCGGACCUCCGGCAGCUCCAGAGUGACGGCCUUUCGUUUGCGUCGAAGCUCUGAUCCGCUUCAUCCCUAUGGUUGGUUUUAUGGAAAGAAUUUGUGCCAGAAUAUUUCGAUUAAAUUUUGGUAAGGUCCAAUUUCAAAAUUUGUUUAA